GAGACAUUUGCUGUAUACACUUUUCAUGUCUUUUGACUCUUUUUCCUCAUUUUAUAUGUGUUAGUUCCUUAGUUUUGAGCUCAUGGGUUUAGUGGUAGAAGGUGUUGGAGAGAUGUUGGUCUCAUUGGAAAACCAGAAGGCAGUUCCUGCCCCUUUUCUCACUAAAACUUAUCAAUUGGUGAAUGAUCCUUGCACUGAUCACAUUGUUUCUUGGGGAGAAGAUGACACAAGUUUUGUGGUGUGGAGGCCACCUGAGUUUGCAAGGGAUUUGCUCCCUAAUUACUUCAAGCACAACAAUUUCUCAAGCUUUGUUAGGCAGCUCAACACCUAUGGAUUCAGGAAGGUGGUUCCUGAUCGAUGGGAAUUUGCAAAUGAGUUCUUCAAAAGAGGAGAAAUGCACCUCUUAUGUGAAAUCCACAGAAGAAAAGCCACACACCCUCCCCCCCCGCCUCCUCCUCCUCCUCCUCCUCUCACUCUCUCUCAUCUAAACACUUUCUCUCUCUACACCAAACCCUUUGAAUCUGAUGAGCUCCAAACCUACCCUGAAUCUCCUCUCUCUUCUCCAAACACAACUGAUUUGGCAACUGCCUUAGCAGAAGAUAACAAGAGGCUGAGAAGGAGCAACUCUUUGCUUUUAUCUGAGCUCUCUCAUAUGAGAAGGCUCUACAAUGGCAUCAUCUAUUUCCUUCAAAACCAUGUAAAACCAGUGCCCCAUCCCAAGUUCUCAGACCCACCAUUGAUAACCCAGCAAAGACUCCAUGAUUCAAUAGGUUUUGAGGAUCCUCUCAAGGAAACAGAGGAGAGAGAAAGGAACUUAGGAGAAGAAGAAGAAGACCCCAUCAACACUGUUAAGCUUUUUGGGGUGCCACUUCAUGGAAGGAAGAGAUUGAGAUCAGAGGUGCUGGAGCAUGAAGACCAUAGGCUGGAGUUUCAUGUACAUUAAGAGAGAGAGAGCGAGAGAGAGAGAGAGAGAGAGAGAGAGAGAGAG